AUGAAGGCAUUAAAUGGUUUCUUAGUUAUACUAGACUGUGAAGGAGAAGUAUUUUUCGCAACACACAACAUUGAAAGUUAUUUAGGAUUUCAUCAGAGCGACAUCGUCCACCAGAGCGUGUACGAGCUGGUCCACUCUGAGGACAGAGAGGAGCUCCAGCGGCAGCUCAUGUGGAACUCUCACCUCCUGCCCGACCAAGCCCAGCUCACCCUGCAGGAGGCGCUGCAGGCAGACCAGACGCCCCUCGAGAGGAACUUCACCGUUAGAUUCAGAUGCCUUUUAGAUAACACUUCAGGGUUUUUAAGGCUGGACGUGCGAGGGCGAAUCAAGGUGCUUCACGGGCAGAACCGCAAGACCGAGGACCCGCCCCUGGCUCUCUUCGCCGUCUGCACGCCCUUCGGCCCGCCCUCGCUCCUCGAACUCCCGCAGAAGGAAGUGAUGUACAAGUCGAAACACAAACUAGAUCUUGCCCUCGUCUCGAUGGACCAGAAGGGGAAGAUGCUCCUCGGUUACAGUGACCUCGAACUAGCCAAUAAGGGCGGUUAUGACCUCGUUCACUACGAUGACCUCGCCUAUGUUGCCUCAGCGCAUCAGGAACUUCUGAAGACGGGCGCCUCGGGCAUGAUCGCCUACCGCCUCCAGACCCGCGACGGCGCCUGGCAGUGGCUCCAGACGUCCUCGCGCCUCGUUUACAAAAAUUCCAAACCCGAUUUUAUCAUUUGCACGCACAGACCCCUCAUGGAGGAGGAGGGGCGCGACCUGCUGGGCAAGCGGACGAUGGACUUCAAGGUGUCGUACCUGGACCCCGGCCUCACGCAGUCCUACCUCUGCGACUCCGAGCUGCCGCAGCUCUACGCCUCCCGCAUGAGCCGCAAGUACAAGACGCAGCUGCGGGACUUCCUGACCACGUGCCGCUCCAAGAGGAGCUACACCAACCUCACCGACACGGCCUACAACAACUACAACAACGUGUACGGCGCCUCGGCCUACUCGGCGGACAACGGCCUGUACAUGCAGCAGAACCUGGGCAACCUGCAGUCGCUGUACCCCGCCAGCUACCUGCCCGCCGACAACCUGUUCCACUACCGCCAGCUGGGCACGUACUACCCCGAGUACAUGACGCACGGCUACGUGAGCAACGGCUACGUGGACCCGACGCGCUCGUGCCUCAGCUACGACACGACGGGGCUGGCCAAGACGGCGGCCGACCAGAAGCUGUACUGCGCCUCGCAGCUCGACGCCUCCAAGUACCAGUACAAGCCGGCCGACGCGUACUCGGCGGUCUACGGCAGCAACACGGUCCUGCCGUCGCUCGAGCACAAGUACAGCGACAUCCGCACGACGGACGCGCGGCGAGACGACCCGUCGGCGCUGGCGUCGCUCGGGGCGCUGGCGGGCACGCCGGGCACCACGACGCCCGUGGCCGUCAGCUCCGUGUCCACCACGGCCACGGCAGCCAACAAGGACGAGCCCAAGGACGGCGACGCGUACCCCAACAGCACGCGCCAGACCGUGCUCAUGUGGGGCUCGGCCGCCCACGAAUACGACAAGAAGUUCCCGGAGGCGCCGGCUACGUCAGCGGCGUCGCUGGAGCAGAGCCCGGGCCUCGGCAGCGUCGCCUGCAAGUGGGGCGCCUCCACGCCCGCGUCCACGCCCGGCGCGGGAAGCAGCGCCGGCGGCUCGCCCCACGGCGGCGGCGAGGGCGCGUCACCGCACGGUCGGCCGCCUCCCGCCGCCCACUCCGUCGCUACCUCUGCCGCCCACGUCGGCGCCGGCCCUGUGGCGCCCGCGGGUAAGGCUGCGUACGGCUACAGUGAGGGCGGCGAGCACCAUGGCGGAUCCCAGCUAUCCACAGAUCAGCAGGAACCCAAUCCUUUGCUGUCCAUCUCUGAGGUAACGAACACACUCCUCAACCACCAGGAUUAGACGAGGUGGUCAACUCUAAGCAGGGAUAAAGACGAGGAGGCGUCCGCCGCGGCGGCCUCGGCCAUCCGAGGCAGUCCUGAAGUGACUCCGGAGUCGCCAAUCCUCGCCUAAUUCCUGAUCCCGAAUCCGACAAAAGCUCAUCACUUCGAGGGACGAAUCCACGAAGAACUAGCUCAGCCAAGUUGUCAUUGCAAGUGGAGGAGGGAGUGCUUGCGUUGAAAGGAAAAGACGAAGAAAAUGUGAAGGGAGGUGCAGAGUGAGAAGAUAAAGGAAAAAAGGGGAAAACAGUGGAAAGAGAGAGGGAAACAUGGAAAGAGAGAGAGAUAGCGAAAAGAUGAAAAGUGAACAUGUACAAUAGAAGAGACAGUUUUCUUGUAGAGAAUAUUUCUUGUUUUAAAUGGAAUAACUUGAUGCUAUUCAAAAAUCAAUGAAAAAAAAUCCCCUUCAGUUAAGGAUGAAAAAUAUUUGCAUAUAAGUUUUUUCCCAUUGUAUUUUCUCAUGGAAAUAUUUACGCGUGAAGUACUAUUGGCUUUCGAGUUUUUAAAGUGACAAUUAAGAUCUUGAUUAUUAUUAGAAAGAUAAAAGCUGCUUUUUUCAUUUCUUUACUCGUCAUUACCAGUUUCAUUGAUGUAGUUGUUAGCAAUUCUAUAUUAGAGAGAGAGAGAGAGAGAAAGAGAGAGAAAGAUGAUUAUCUAGGAAAUCAAACAAAAGUAAAGAAAACCAAUGAUUGCUAAUUUAGUACUUAUAGGAAUUUUCAAAAGAAUAAAAUCGUUGCUGACACCCAUUCUUAAUGUGCUAAGGUUAACAUCAUUUCAGGUUAAAUCCACAUUAUAAAGUUAUAGGUUUGUAGAUUUUUGACAACUACAAAACACUAUAAUCGCCUUUAUUUUGAUAAACAUUCAAGAGACAAAAUUAGUGAUGAUAACAUUAUUAAUCUUAAUAAUGAUAAUGGUAAUCAUAAUUAUGAUAAUAGUAAUAAUAGUAAUAAUGAUACUUAUUACAGUCAUAAUGGCUGUAAUAUCGAUUGAUGAUGAUAAUCCAUAAAUGGGAAAAAGACCUUUUAAUAAAAGAAAUAUAUUUACUAAUUUUAGCUUCUGUACAAGUUGGAUUUUUUUAUUGUUAUUAUGAUUAUUUAAACAUAAGGGCAGGUCAGCAGCAUUCAGGGAUUUUAAAAAACGGGAAAUUUUAUUCGAAAAGAGUGAUAUUUUAAAUGUCAAAAAUAUAUAUAUUAAAAACACAUCUUUCCACAAAAGAUAAUAAUGUUAUGUAUUUUGGUACUGCAAAUAUUUUACCGUAUCGGAGAGGAAAAAAUACAGAAAAGAUGUCAUGUCAAUAUGGUCGCUUAGUGUUGAGGAAUCAAACGGAACAUCGACCUUCGAUGCCCAAUAUGUACAAAACAAUAACAUAAUUCAAGUAAAAGUUGUGUGUGAAGUUUUAUAAGAAUUAGAAAAAGUGAAAAUUACUUCCUCGAACUAUUCUGAAUGUGCCAGCGGAUUAGGAUAUUUGUUUUUAUUUAUUAUUAUCGUUGUUGUUGUUUUAACGAGUUCAUUAUUAUCCCUUUACAACGCUCUUAAACUAGCGAUUACGUACAGAUCUAGUCAAACCCUUAAGUAUAUUUUUAGUACAUGACUGGGAUUCAGAGGGAUAUGUAACGGGAGAAUACGUUAGUGCCUAUAAUGUGAAAAAAACAAAAGAAAAUCUUGUUUUUUUCUUGUGGAAAUAAUGAAGAAAAAUAUUGAUCAAUUUUAUUACAUUUAUUACAACAGUUCUUAAUGGAGGAAGUCUAUAACGAAUCCCAGUAUAAUAUUUGAAACGAAGUGGAUUUUUUUAGUACACAAGAGUUUGUGUAUUAAAUUCUAUAUAGCUGGCGGACGGACUCGAAAAAAAUAUAUAUACUUGAAAAAAAAAAAACUUCAUUCUAGUGAGAAUUAUUAUAUACAUGAGGCUUCGUUGUAAGUCUUUUGAUAUUCGCAAAUGCCUUGGGUUUCGAAUACUAGUGUUACGCCAGAGCCCUCUCUCGGGAGGCGCGGCCUCGUCAUAGGUUUGUGAUUUGUUUCGGUGUUGUCAUGAUUGGUCUUUAUUUUCUUUUUCAUCGUUUAAGGAGGAACUGUUCCUUGUGUUACUUUUUUGUUAUUGAAAGCUUUAUUGUUUUUCUUAAUUUUCA